UACUGAGCUGACAGAGGCUAAGCAGCAGUUUGACCGGAUGGCAGAAGACAACCAAAAAACUCUGGCAGAGAUUAAAGAAAGCCUACAACAAGCCAUAGAAGAAUCCAACCAGAAGAGUCAUGAGGAACAGGAGGUGGAGCCACAGGUGGAUGAUGGAUCACAGACCAGUUUACAGCACCAUGAGGUCAUACAGGUGGCUUUGGAGUGCAUCAAAGCUGGGACUGUCAUUGUCCGACACGAAUGAGGCGUGGAAAGCAGAGCUGGAUGAAAGAGUCAGGAAGUUUGAGGAAAAUUUCCGCAAUAAUGGACUGUUAAACUGUGAUAUUGAGAAGAGUGUGGGCCAGCAACUGCUGUUACUGCAGGCUGAGUUAAAGCAGAUCAAAGAGGAAAACAAGAAGAUUGUUGAGAACUACACAGCUGAAAGGACCAUGAGGAAGAAGUAUUACAACAUGGUGGAGGACAUGAAAGGUAAGAUCAGGGUGUUUUGUCGAAUAAGGCCCUUGACACGCACAGAGCAAGCGCGAAGAGGUCACACCAUAGUGACUUGUCUCGAUGACUAUUCUGUGAUCCUGGAGACGCCUCGGGGACCUCGUGAGUUUCAGUUUGACAAGAUCUUUAACUCCGAGUGUACACAAGAGGAGGUCUUCCUGGAGUCCAGUGGGCUAAUCCAGUGUGCGAUUGAUGGCUUCAAUGUAUGCAUCUUUGCAUACGGCCAUACAGGAUCAGGAAAAACCUUCACGAUUGUUGGAGACAGAGAUCAGAGAAACCCAGGCAUCAUUCCCAGAACCUUCACCAAGAUCUUUGAGAUCAUCCAGGAGAACGAGUCUAAAUUUGAUUUUAAGGUUUCAGCCUACAUGUUAGAGCUGUACAAUGACCGUCUACAAGAUCUGUUCGUAAACCCAGCUGAGGCGUUCAGCAAGCGGAUUGAAAUUAAGAGGGACAGAAAAGGUCUUAUGUUUGCCCAGGGAGCAGAGACAAAGGAGGCGACCAGUGCCAGCGAACUCUUCGCAUUAUUCGAGCAGGGAUGCGCAAACCGUCACAUCGCAGCCACCAAGAUGAAUGUUGAAAGUUCUCGUUCUCACCUGAUCAUUGGCGUCAUGAUCGAGAGCUCCAGUCUGACCAAUGGGAGCGUGAGCUAUGGGAAACUCAGUCUUGUGGACCUGGCAGGAAGUGAACGAGCAGCAAAAACAGGAGCCAAAGACGACCAGCUAAAGGAGGCAAACUCUAUUAACAAAUCUCUGAGUGCUCUUGGAGAUGUAAUUUCAGCUUUAUCAAUGGAGCAGCCUCAUGUUCCAUACCGUAACAACAAGCUGACCCAACUCAUGCAAGACUCACUGGGAGGCAAUGCCAAGACCCUCAUGUUCCUCAACAUCUCCCCCUCUGACAGCAACCUAGACGAGACUCUCACCUCACUCAUCUAUGCAACUCGAGUGAAAGCCAUUACCAACAGUGCUCAGAGGAACAUCGACAACAAAGAGAUCGCCCAGCUGAAAGAGGUGAUUUUAAAACUGAAGUCAGGCCAGCCUGUGGAAGAAGAUGUAUAAGUUCAUGACAUACAGUAUAACCCUGGGUAAUAUAGCUUUGUUUUCAAUAAAAGCCUGUUUUCUCUUUAAAACAUAUGAAGCUGAAACUGAACCCUAAGCCUAUCCAUUACAAAAAACAUGAAAAGCAAAAUUUUGAUCACAAGUUGAAGCUAAAGUACGUGUAUGUACUGAAAUUACAGAAUUGCAUUCAUCAUAUGAACUGUCAUGCAUUCCAAUCUCAGUAAUGGCCUUUUUGUGUGUAAUGUGUCUGUUGUUUAUAUAAUGUUUGUUCAGUUUAUGUGAAGAUCAGUUUGUAUCCAGAAGCUCUGCUGAUUCAGAUUUAACUGUUAUUCAAGCAAAUACCACAAUUUAAAUUUUUUUAUUAUUCGUUCAAAACAUUACUGGAAUAAAAAAUGAAAUGCACAACAACUGUAAAGACAGGAGCUUUACAAUCUGUAACAUUUGAACCAAUAAACUGAAU